AGUUUAUAUCUUGAACGUGUUCGUGUUUAGCAUUGUGUGGACCAUACUGAUUCAUAUAAGUUCUCUUAAAUCAAGAUAUUGAAAACGAGCUGUCGGUUUCAGUAUAUAUUUUUUUCUUUCUCAGUGCGAUCAAAGGUUGGUCUGUCUAUUUACUUACUCACCUGGCCUUUAUAAUGCUAAACAAAGGCAAACAAUUUUCAAACAUUAAUAUAGAUGUGCUUAAGCUUGGUCGACAUGCAUGAAGUAUUCUUAUCAUCUACUUGAAAAGAACAGAGCUUUGCAGAGUUUAGAAGCUACAGCAGGUGGCGAAGAGCUAAGAAUGGAUAAAAUUUCUGAUUGCUUGUGUACUAACUGUGUUGGUAUUGUGGCUACUUUGAUCUUCGUGUUCAUCUUAGGAGGUAUCUUGGCAUACAGCGGGUUGUUCCACCGCGUGGUCGUCAGGAAACUGGUUAACCCGGUUGGGAAACUUCGUGUAGCUUAUCUCUACAACACUGGACCAUAUCGAAAUUGUGGACCACUUUUCGACCGCGUGUCUCGUUUGGCGCCUCAUGCACGAUGUCUGGGUAUAUACUAUGAUGAUCCAAAGGUGACCCCCGAGAGUGAGCUACGUUACAUGGUUGGAACGAUUUUGAGCGAGGACGGCGAGAGAGUAGAUGAUAAGAUAAAUAAACGAUGUGAAGACGAUGGUUUCAGGGUGAUUGAGUUUCCUGCUAUCUCUGAAGCUAUUGGAACUAACUUCCCUUUCCCAUGGAUGUUAUCCAUCUUCAUUGGUGUCUGGAGGGUAUACCCAGCUCUCAAUAAGAAGAUUAAGGAAGAAGAAUUGCAUCCGGGACCUUGUUUUGAGAUAUACAGCGAUGGAAUGACAAAUUUCUACAUUCCUCUUAACAACCGUGAUGCGUAUUACGUUCCUGAGGCACUGAAGACCAAAUCAACUUAAAUUUUGGUCACCAAGCAGACCUUAUCUUGAACAAGUUUACGAUAACCCUUAAACUCUGGAGAGGAAGGAUUCAUCGAGUGGGACAGAUUCAGGAUUUCAUCAGGGGCACUGAAAGGGACAUCAUUUUAACGCAACAAACAUUCACAAGCGAAAAAAAGGAAGGAUCCUGUACCUAAAACAUCCCUAAUAUUCCUUUCCUUUUCAGUUCCAUUAUGUAGAUGACUAUUUGAAGAAGAAGUCUUGUAACAAGUCGUGAUCUAUUUUGUAUGAUGAACAAAAACGUAUAUACCUAAUUUCCCUCUCAUUCCAAUUUUCCUAUAACAGGGGAAUGAUAUAAACCUAAAACUUGACAAAAAUGGGCACACACCUCUUGUGUUAUGCACCUUCAUAUAUAGGGGCCGCGGAACCGGGGGCGAGGGCUUCAGCACCCCUUUAAUAAAAGUAUAUAAAAACUUAAAAAUGACCAUCUGAUUGUGAUUUUUUUAAUCGUUGUCGGCCCCCACUUUCGUCUCAGCCACCCAACCAAACACUCACUUUAAAAAACUCUGCUUCCCCAUAUCUUAGGUUCCGUGCCUGAUCUGGAUAAGUGGAUGAUGAGGGGGAUCAUGGUUUCAGGAAAUAUUCGCACAAUUUGCUACAUCUAAGAGAAUGAGUCGAUCUACACAUCAUUCGUGUUUUCAGUUGGGAUUUUAAUAGAUUCUAAAAAAGUGAUAAAAAUAACUGGGAAAAAUAUAAUGUAUUAAAUCCGUUGUCGUGUUCAUUAUUGAUAUCAUUGUGCUGCAAUUAACUUAGUAUGAAAACAAAAGCUGUAUUAACUAAUGACUUUAAAGAAUAUUCUUAAGUAAAGGGGGUUAAUAACACUGCACACCGUCCAAGCAUUUUAAUUUAAUGCCAUACCGCUAUUUAUACACAAUUUAUAGUACAGUGCAUAAUUAUAUGUUCAUAAUGUAGGCCAUAAAAUUAUUUUCGUUUUAAAACACAUUGUUUUGAUAAGUAUACAAUUACAUAGUUGUAAGCUAUAAAUGCAGUCAAUCGACUGCUGGUGAAAACAGUAUUUCGAAAUAUACUCGUCACAAUUCUAGCCAUUUUUUGCAUGAAUGUUAUGUUACACUGAUAUUCAAGUAUAUACCAAUUAGAUAAAAGCAUACAAUUCUUUCAUUUUUUUAAUAAAAUAACUUUUGAAGUUUUA